AUGAGAGAAGCUGUUUCGGCGGUGCUCCCCCGAGCUCUGGUCUUCUUCCUCCUUUUGGCGGCGACUCUGAACUGCUGUCUCCAGGGACAGGGAGCCCACGCGCAGACUCUUCCUAAGGAGGAAGGUGAGUUAUGCCGACAACCACUCUCCUCCACUACGUUCCUCCCCGCAAUGGAAUCGCCAGGAGCUGCUCUCUCUCUCUCUCUCUCUGGGCUCUUAACGUCGCUCGUCUUCUCUGACCUGGCGGGUGGCGACCAUCGAUUAGCUUUUUCCGUCUUAAAUGGGCAAAUAUUUCCUUUCUCGGGCCGCAUCGAGUAAGAAAAUUGCCUCAGCAAUCGGAAAAUUUUCGAAACAUAUUCAGAUACAGAACCAUCCUGCACCUCGACUCCAUAGUAAGAUAUUAUUUGCAGUAAUACCGAUAUAAGGAUUUUAUUUACAUUAUAUAUCACAUAUUCAAUAUUAUUAUAGAUGUUUUUCUUUUCUGUAACUGGUUCAUCUCUCUGUCUCUCUCCCCACACACAUGUCUUCCACUCUUAUUUCGAAUUGUAACGUCGGCACCGCGCGGGCACCUUCCUUAUUUCAGUUGAAGCGCUCAAGCAGAUCGCGUCAAAGCUUAAGAUUCCGCCGACGUUGUGGAACUUCGACGUAAAUCCUUGCACCGAAUGGAUUAAGGUAACUAGUGACCCCUACGUCCACAAUGUCAACUGCCAGGAAAUCACCACGACCACCACGAACGCGACAGCGAACACGACCACGAACACCACCGCCUGGCAUGUCGUCGGCAUGUAUGCCCCUGACGCUGUCCCCUCUUGGGUGCCAUUCCCUUUCCUGGUCUUGUCUAUGCCCGUCUAUAGCUGAUUCGUUUCUGUCGGGACGGAAUGGUGCUCAGCGAUAUCAAGGGGGCUAAUCUGACCGGAGUGCUGCCGGAGGAGUUCGGCAAGCUCAGACACCUAUCCUCUUUGUACGCUUACCGUCCAAAUGUCUUGUGUUUCUUCAUUUUUUCUUUUAAAAUUUGAGGAGCUAAACGUCUCCGCUCUCAAUUUAUCCUCUGAAUCGGCGGAACUGAGCAGUGACGUCUCUCGGAACUACAUCAGUGGCUCCAUACCUGCCGCUAAUUGGACUUCCCUUCCUCUGAAAAACUUGUAAGUCACCACCAUUCUGAUCCUUACAUCCCCGUCAACGCAAAGUCGAUUUCUCUAUUCUGGGGUCUAGGUGCUAGUGGAUCUAACCAAGGUUUUUGUUGUGUACCAUUGCAGAAGCAUUCUGAUCAACCGUAUCUCGGGUGCGAUUCCGGAGGAGAUUGGAACAAUUAGAACACUUGAAAUACUGUAAUGAUUUUAUAUCCUGUUCGUAGCAACCAUUUUAUGCCCCAACCGGUGUUCUACAUUGGUAUUAGUUGCUGAUCCACAUGCUUUGUUCCUAUUGAAUGCUUUUACCUCUAGUUUCUUGGAGAGUAACUUGAUGCAAGGGCCUCUGCCUCGGAACCUCGGAAAUUUGACCAACUUGAAAAGACUGUAAGCCUCUAGUCUAUGUUAUAUUAUUCUCCAGUAAUUGCAUUGUCGUUCUUUACGUGAAUUAAAGAGAAGAAAAGAAAUUAUCGAUAGAAUGAUCGUAAAUUCUGUGACAGUUAAAGAAAAUCAGUGACAGAGCAUCACAUUAUUUCAGCCUUCUGUCUUGUAACAACUUUUCCGGUGAGCUUCCAGAAACACUGGGUAACCUGAAGAACUUGACGGACGUGUACGGUUCCUGCUCUUAUAUUUGUUGGAUUCUAUCAUGAAAUUAGGGACCAUUUUAGAAUGAAUUAUCGGUGCGGGGUAAUGUUUUUCAGUAGACUAGAUGGAACCGAGAUAUCUGGGAAGAUACCAAGCUUCAUUGGGAACUGGACCAAACUAGACAGACUGUAAGCUCACCUGUCUUUAUGUUUCCUUUCCCAGGGCGGUUUAUCAUUUGAAGAGGAUAUGCUUACUAUAUGGCAUUCUCAUUGGGUAUAGUACAUUUUUCUAAUCUCGCAGUGACAUGCAAGGAACACUUAUGGAGGGUCCAUUUCCACCCGAGUUCUCUUUAUUGCAGAGCAUAACGGAGUUGUGCGUGUGACUCUACUCUUUUCCCGUAAUCAGGGCCGUUGUCUGUGGUAGUUCAGUAUAGUGAUAAUAGAUAUGUUGGCUUUCCUUUUGUAGGAGAGUCUCUGACCUGAAAAAUGCGGGCGGUAGCUUCCCUCCCCUUGAAAAACUGAUAAAUCUGAAACAAUUGUAAGACUGCGAAUGGCAUUUAUCCAUCCGCAUUAAUAUACUUUUGACGAUUUGUUGAUUGGUUUUCUGUGUGAACAAUGUCAGGGUCCUCCGAAAUUGCUCAAUUUCUGGCAGCAUCCCGGAUUACAUUGGCACAUUUACUAAACUGCAAACCCUGUACAGCUCCUUGAACCCAAAUGUUUGCAUAAUUUGUUGUUCAAUUGGAAUCACAUUUGCAUUUGGAAAUUUUUUGAGGUAUUUUAGGCUAUGAAGCCUUGAACAAGCGGAGCAUGAUGAAUGUUUACAUUGGUUUAGAAUCUCUACAUGUGAUAGGCAUGCUUAUGUCAGAGUUCUGUAGGGUUUAGGACCAUGGCCCCAGGUACCUGCGGACUACCUCCUAUGGUGUAAAUUCUUAAUUUGAAGCCAUCCAUGAGCAUGCAUUUGAGUAUAAUCGUGUUUUUUCUGGUCUUUUUGUUUCCCAAAGGAAGUUUAGGCAUCGAUCUUGGUGCAGAAUUUUUAUUCUGGUACCCUUGUCUGAUGAUUGGAUAUACAUCGCCAUUGAUGUUUCCAUUAACACGUAGUUAAGAACUCUAGACAUAUCAUAUAGCGGCAAAGAAGUCGGGAGGACUAAUUAUCAGAGAUACAGAAAAUGAUUCAGAUUUCCACUGAAGUCUGGGUCGGUGCAACGUACUUUAAUUAAUGAGCAUAGGGUCGCUACAUGUCCAGUGGUAUCAAAUUUAGGUCGAGUUCCAUGUUAUGUACCGUACGAACAACCCUGAAAAAAUUGGGAAUUUUUAGUAACCUUCAUAUUGAAGCUCAUUCUCGAAGAAUGGAUGAAUUUGAGGUAAAAAAUCAUGAACUGUUUUUGUUGUAAAGGUAGAAAAAUUGUUGAGACCUCUUUACCUGGCAAACUUGUUCCCACAUCAAUGAUUUUCAUGCAGCAAUUUUUCUCCCUCUGAUAAUUGUUUGUUAAAAAAAAUAUUCAUAGCUAAUAUUUAUCUUGAAAAGCAGACAUUUUUCCCAUGAAAAUCAUAAAGGGCGGUCACAGGGAGAGCAAUUAUUUUGGUUUCCGAAUUUUCUCAAUUUUUGAUAACCUUCUGCUGCAGAGAUCUGAGCUUCAAUAACUUGACGGGCCAGAUACCAGAAAACUUUGUGAAACUCGGAAAAUUAACCACUAUGUAAGUGACUACGGGUUCGAUUUACAAGAGGAUUCAACUUAAUAGGCCAGUAGAAAAAUCAGAAGAGUUGUGCCUUUUUCUCUUUAAGCAUUAUUUUCGUAACAAUUUUAUUGUCUUCCAUAUUUGGUGUUGAUUUUGCAUAAUCAGGUACCUUACAAGCAACAUACUUACUGGAUCAAUACCUGAUUGGAUUAAGACAACCAGAAAUAAAAUGUACAUUUGCCUUCCGGGCAUUUUUUUCGCAUUUCACGACCUAAUGGAUUUUUGGUUGAGCAUUAAUCAUUAUCAUAAUAGAAAUUUUAAAAUUUCAGAGAUAUUUCUUACAAUACAUUCACCGAUCUUUCAUCUGCACCAACUAACUGUCUGCAACAAUCACGGUAAGCAAAACUUUUUGUCUGUGCGACCUAUGGAAUUGAAUUCUUCUUUCUGGAAUUAAACAUGGUUUACCUGACUUGCAGGAACUAUGUUGCCAGCUUUUCAUCGACAACAAAUGACUCGUAGGUUUCUGACAUUGUUAAGGUGCAUAUUCGGUGUAUCUCAAGUGCCUGAAUAAUUCACGCUCUCCAUUUAACCUUUGUAGGAUAGCGUCGUGUUUAAGAAAGGACCUCCCCUGUGAUGGUACACCUAAAAGUGGGUAUAAAAUCUCCUUUCUACGGGACAGCUUCUGUACCUUUUCAGUUUGAUUUUUUACAUUUACGGGGUUGGCGGAAAAUAUCCUUAUGAUUUGAAAGAUUGACAUUUGAACAUGACGUUCCCUUGAUUAAUUUUUUAUUUGGCUUCUUGUCAUUUCUGCAGACUAUAACCUUUUCAUAAAUUGUGGAGGUGACAGUGUGAUUGUAGAUGAAAAUGAAUAUGAACGUGACACAUCAUUGGAAGGCACAUCCAAAUAUUAUCUUUCUGGCAGUGGAAAGUGGGCUUAUAGCAGUACAGGAAACUUUAUUCAGGGAGAUAGUGCACCAUUUGUAGCAGAAAAUAGAUCAGCAUUGAUAAUGCCCAAUGCAGAGUUGUACACGUCUGCUCGUUUGAAUCCUCUCUCUCUCAAAUACUAUGGCCUAUGCUUGCAGCCAGGAAAUUAUACAGUCAAACUGCACUUUGCUGAAAUAGUUUUCACCUCUGGCCCGAUAUUUGGCAGUCUUGGAAGGCGUGUGUUUGAUGUAUCAAUCCAGGUCAUUUGGAUUCCUUGGACUUCCAAUCUUGAUGAAUAUGUAUAGCAUUGUAUUCCCCUUUUCUUCAUUCAUGCUGUUGUCACCGAUGACUGUCUUCGUAGUUGAGAUACAUGAUAUCGAUUUUGCUAACGAGAAUUCGUUUUUUCCUAACGCUUUUCAAUGGUGUUUGUCGGUAUCCAGAUAUUCCAUUUUUUCCUUUUUGUCGGUGCUUGUAUGUUAGUUGUCGUGCAUCAUACUAUAGUUGUUGUCUCUGUCUUCCUUCUUGUAAACUGGGUUUGGGUUCUCUACUUUAGGGUUUUUGUUUGUAUGUACUUAACCAAGUCGUGUGUUGAUCUGCCUGAUAAAACUCUCUGCAUUGAAUCAGGGGAAAAAGGUGUUAAGAGACUUUAACAUCGUAGAAGCAGCCAAUGGGGCUGGUAAAGAAGUUAUCAGGAAUUUUACUGCCCUUGUAGAAGGUGGCACCUUGGAGGUCCAUUUCGUGUGGUCUGGCAAAGGGACGAAUUCCAUUCCAUACAGAAGUGUCUACGGCCCUCUUAUUUCAGCAAUUUCAGUAACGCCAAGUGUGUACGAGGAGAUAUUUUAUGCUCUCUCUUUAUCAUCUGUUUGGUUUAUUCUUAUUAUUUUUCUGCAUUAUAGAUUUCACACCUCGUGUGUUCAAGGACAAAAAGCGUUUUCCAGUUGGCGGCAUCAUUGGAAUCGCUGCUGCUUCAACUGUGUUAUUGAUCCUGGUGACUUUGGGUAUAAUCUUGUUUUGCCUGAGAGGAAAAACUACUGAGAGCAAUGGUGAGAGUUUGAAUUUACCUAUAAAUAUGUGUAGCAGAACCCAGAUCCUUAUGAAUGCAUUGACUGGCAUCUACACGUAGCUUAUAUUGACUGUUACUUUGCCUGCCUUUCAUUUAGAAGAAUGUAAUUUAAAGUACCUUUGCUUUAAUGUGGAAUAUAUUCUUAUAUAAACAUGAGCAGUAUAGGAAUCCUCGGAUUUGGUCAGCAAAAUCUGAAUUUCAUAUUCUUUGUUCCAUCUUGAGGAGUUGAAAAUAAAGUGGGGAAAGUUUCCUCACUUUUUUUUUUCCUUUUUGCAACUUUUAGGGUUAUCAAGUGUAUGGAAUGGGAUUUCAAUAAUAAGUUGAGGUGAAAUCCUGAAAUUGUGUCAUGAUAUCCUUCCCAAUGAACCAGGCUUGUUGACUCUUGUGUAGAUUAGUUUUGUAGGUCAAACGUCCUGCAGGCCGUAAAGUUGAAUUACUUGCGGAAAGGUCUAGACCAUGUUAGAGCUAGGCCUGCCCCCAAACAGAUUGGUGUCUGCUGGGGCUCUAGCCCUAUUGCCUAGUUUUCUCUUUCUUUUGGUAGUUGACCCAGCAGAGGUUUAUGCUUUAAGCGAUGGAACAAAGGGGUAGUCAAACGGUCUGCAUUUGUGGGAGUGAGGAACAUAUGUUCUCAAGACUACUUGAGUGGCGAAAAUCUACUUAGCCAUGUAUUGAGGAUGCUUAAUGAAGCUCAGGAGAACGUGAAUCACAGAUGUGAUAAUCCAUUGAUUUUUGGACCGUAGCCUAUUCUACAUUCUGAGUUUAUUAAACUUUUUCUAUCAAUCCAGGUAAUGGAUAAGCUACCUAAUGCGCAUUUAUGUCCUAGAUGGCAUUUAUUGUCUUUCUCUUAAACUUUGAGCAGACCUCAGAGGCUUGGAGUUGCACACAACCCGUUUUAGUUUGAAGCAAAUUAAAGCUGCCACAGGGAAUUUCAACCCUGAAAACAAGAUUGGUGAAGGUGGAUUUGGUCCGGUUUACAAGGUCAACCACAUAUUCAUGGGUUCAUUCUCUUUUGCUUUUAUGUCCGAAAUUUCGCCCCUGCGUAAUCUUAGUCGCCUAAUAAUAUACCAAUGUUGCAAAAUUUCAGGGGGUUCUUCCGGAUGGCUCUAUGAUUGCUGUGAAGCAGCUUUCAUCCAAGUCAAAGCAAGGAAACCGGGAAUUUUUGAAUGAGAUAGGCAUGAUAUCAGCCCUAGAGCACCCAAACCUCGUAAGACUUUUUGGGUUCUGCAUUGAAAGGAAUCAGUUGCUGCUAAUUUACGAAUACAUGGAAAAUAACAGCCUUGCCCGAGCCCUAUAUGGUACGGUUUUGCGUUCUUUGUACCUUGUGCCCGCUACUUUCUAGGAUUUCCUUGGUUAGAUUCAUUGUAUGAGGUAUGGCGUGUGUAACAAUCAUGGUGUUGACAGGUCCCAAAGAGUCAAGGUUGAAUUUGGAUUGGCAAACUAGACGUAGAAUUUGCAUAGGAAUAGCGAGAAGCUUGGCGUACCUUCACGAAGAGUCGAGGCUAAAAGUAGUUCACAGAGACAUCAAAACGACGAAUGUCCUUCUUGAUAAGGAUCUGAACGCCAAGAUAUCAGACUUCGGACUUGCAAAACUCGACGAAGAAGAGAAUACGCAUAUCAGCACCCGGAUAGCAGGGACCAUGUAAGCAAGCCCUGUUUCUCAAUUAAUGGAUACUUAGGUCUGCUAUCAGAGUGAUAUAUUUCGAGUUUCAGCUCUUCAUUCCUGUUGUUAACUGCCCAACACUUUCCCCCUGAUACGAUUGGUGAUAUCGUUUCGAUGACAUUAACCAUUGCUUUGUGGUUCGAUUCAAUACGCGGCAUUUUUUGUUGAAGCAAUUAAGGUUAUUUGGACAAGUUAGUUGCCAGAGUAUCUCACUCAGGGUACUUUCUUUGUAUCUUAUUUUCGUUCUACUUGAUCCAUCCUUCACAAGUUAUCUGUUGAGCGAGUAAGUGUUAAGGUUACCAUCUCCAACGCAUCCUUCAAUUUUUCCAUCUACGUAGGGCAUCCCAUCUCAACAAUUAGUUUUUGUCAUAUGAAUGAAUGUCCCUGAAGUGGAGGUCUAAUUGCUGGUUUAUUUAAAUAUGAUCAAUAGGAAAAGUUCAGUUUGGUUUGGUGGUGCUGUCUCUCUUAUCCUGACAAGGAUUUUUCCUGUUUCGCUCCAGGGGUUAUAUGGCUCCUGAAUAUGCCAUGAGGGGUUACCUGACGGACAAAGCAGAUGUUUACAGCUUUGGUGUGGUCACAUUGGAGAUUGUGAGUGGAAAGAGUAACGCCAACUGUCGCGUCGAAGAUGACUUCAUCUACCUUCUCGAUUGGGUACGCGAAUUUCGGGCAGUUUCGGUUUAUAACUCAAUGCUCAAGAUUCAUUGGUAAUGGGUUUUGCAUUUUUUGCAGGCCAAUAUUCUGCAGGAGAAGGGUGCCCUCCUCGAGCUGUUGGACCCCGCUCUGGGCACCAACUUCUCCAUUGAGGAAGCGCAGCAGAUGCUGAACCUGGCCCUCGUGUGCACCAACUCCACCGCAGCCCUUCGGCCUGCCAUGUCCACCGUGGUUGCCAUGCUCGAGGACCACACGCCCAUUCGAGUCCCGACCGUGGAAAACACCCGGACAGAGAGCACGGAGCUGAUAUUCAGGUCAUCCGACCGUAGAAAGGCCGUGUCCAUGGACGGCCCGUGGGCGGAUUCCACGCUGUCUAUACAGAACAGCAACAGAGGAGACGACCAUUUCCACUCCACCACAACCCGGCUCCCCGGUGACUACACGGAUUCGCAGUGA